AUGCCUGCCAUCCCGACCUUGUGGAUGGACUCUUCUCGAUGGCAUCAAGAGCCAUUAGACUGGGCUGCUCACGCCUACCAACUGCUUGCCCCUCAGAUUAACGUCAAAGGUCGCAUGGCUCUACUUUUGCUGCUCGCCGUCAUCUGGGCUUUCUCAUGGCUCCUAUGGCGCGCGUAUCAGGUGCUUACGACUCCCAACGAGAUUUUGGUAGAGAAACUCGGCCUUGACAUCCCCCCCGCUCCGCUCCUUAUCCUCGAAGAAAUCUCCUCGACCGAGGUUUAUGUGACUUGGAAACAUGCGGAACCCUCUUCCUCCAUUCAAGAGCACUACGUGGAGCUCAAUGGUGUCAUCGUUGGGACCACCAGGAAGAGCGAGAUGGGCGCAGUCAUAUCUGGUCUUCGUCCUGGGACCAAAUAUGCCAUCCGCGUCUUCUGCGUCAGUACUGGCACCUUUCAGACUCCUAGCGCUCCGUUCCACGUGCGCACUCCUCAUCUUCCAGAGGGGAAGGAAGCUCCCGAAUCGGUUCCUACGGUCAGAGGAGUCUCGGUGCGAACUGCGUCAAUCUCCACCCCUUUGGCUGCGCCCUCGAUGGCCCGAGAUCUGAGCGGAGGACAGCCCAUGGGAAGGAGGGGGACAACUGGCCGUAGACCUUCCCCGGGUGGUCAUGGCACCGAUGCACAGGGGCAAGACGCGGGAUCAAGAGCCGAGGAGGAAGAAAUGGACGAUGAUCUCGCGGAAUUGUCUCAACGGUUCCAAAAAGUUCAACAAGACAUUGAGGCUGUUGAGGCUCAGAUACAAGAGGAAGACAGGGAGUUCGAGGUCGCUUUGAAAGAGCUGGAAGCGCGCCGCGAUGAAUUGAAACAGAGUCUCAAAGAGCGGGAUGAAGCAAGCAAUGACCUGCGCAAGCAAGUCCACAAGGCAGAGACGCUCAGUCGCACCGCUCAUAACGAAAAGACCAAGAAAGAACGGUUAUUGCAGCAGAAGGAAAUCCAGCGGAGGAAGAGGAAGGAUGACAUUUCCAGGUAUAAUGAAGCUACGGCUGCCAUGAAGGAGGAAAUUGCUGGUAUUGAGAAGCAGAAAGCUGCGAUUGAGCGUCGAACGCAGUCUGAACUCCGAGAAAUACGCAGGAAAAUCGAAGAGGAACAGAAAGAAGUCGCCAUGCUGGAGGAGGACAACAAGGAGAAAGCGCUGCAGAUCAAAGCUUUGGAAGAGGAACGCAAACUGCAGAACGCUGACGAGGAGACGGAUGAAACGAGAGAAGCUGAUCGUCUUGAUCGGGAGCGUGAUAUGAGAUGGCGCGCGAGAUACGAAGGCCUGCAGCAAACAUACACUCGGCUGUGGAACGACCUUCAAUUAGCCAAUCAGCAAGUCAACUACACCAGAGAGCAGAUCAAUCAGCUCGAGGCAAGGCGAGCGAAUUCGAUGGCAUUCGCGCCCAUUGCACCGCUGGAUAUGGACGCCGUUCGUCGAGGAGUGAGACCUAUGCGACGAGCGCGGCCAACGGGCUCCCUGGGAAGCAGUAUCUCUUCGCCACGAGGCCCAUUUGCUGGACCUGAGCCUUUCCCGUCGGCUUUGGCACAGUACGCCUCUGCUACCACUUCUUCCCCUACGGCAACUGUCCCUAGCUAUUUCAAUCCGCAGAACGGGAUGACACUGGCAAUGCCUGUGGAGAUGACGGCCUCGACCCACGACGAUCCUGACACCAUAUCUUCCAUCCCGAUGAGCCCUCGGGCAGACUCACUCUUACCAGCCGAUCUACUUGGCGACGAGUCAGCCGAUGACCUUCCCGAAGCAGAGAUUCCGCAACAAAGAGACAAAUCUGAGACGGGAACGACGCCUUUCCCCUCGAUAGGUUCGCCCAUACUGCAUGCCGAUAGCGGCCGGACCGAAACGCCUAGUGUUGGUUCCUCGUCCGGCAGGUCGUUCUCGAGCCCCAUGCAGACCUCUGCACCUGCCGAAGGCGAUGAGAAGUCGUCAAAUUCCGGCAAGAAGUCAGAUGACCCGCCUGAAGAAGAUGAGGUGGUUCAGCAACCAAAAAAGCCCAAGUACACGUCUAUGUCAUCCAUGUUCGGCCUCAACCGUCAGCGAGGAAAGACUCUUGCCGAUCAACCACCAUCUCUUGGAUCUCUCAAGCCAAGUCAGAGUCAGUCCUUUCCCAGGAACGUAGAAGAUUUUGACCCGCGACUAGAAACCAAAAGACGACUAAGCUAUGGCGGAAAUUGGGCAUUCCCAGGAUCGACUCUCUUAAACAGCAACGGCACCCAGGAAGAAAAAGAGCCAUCGGUUUCCCGCUUUGCGGCGACUAGGCGCGCCUUUGGAUUAGGAGGGUUUGGAAAGUCGGCUGCAGCUUCAGCGAACUACGACCCAUUUGCCAUGAGGUCAGCAUCCUUCGAUCCAGGACUUAGAGGGGAGACCUCCUCUCCGAGGCCGUCAUCAACUUACUCUUUUGACAAAAUGCCACGGCCGUCGAUGGAAAGCCAGUUUAGGGCCUGGAACGACAAGUCGGCGCUGCGGAACAGUCCUUUGGCUCCAGACUGGGGUUCACUCCAUUCAUUCUCCCGUUCCCAUUCACGGCGCCCUUCGAUUGUAUACGGAUCGACGAGCAAUCUCUCCCUGCCGCAUGGGGACGAGGAAGUUGUCGAGCCAGAUCGAAAACCAACACGUCCUCUACAAGCACCCAUUGGCACACGACCAGCGUCUUCACAACAGUCGUCGACUCCGAAACUGAACCCGGCUGCUCCGUCAUUCACGACACUGUUCAGCAGGCGGAGUGAGAAGUCCAAGGACAAGGACAAAAACAAGGCGAAAGAGUCGAAGGAGAAGGUGAAUGACAUGGAAACUGCCUCGCCCCCAGAGUCUCGCAAGUCAAAGGACACCAACUCCAUCGCAGCGACCGUUUCCACCCUCGAAUCUGAUACGCUCGACCGAACACAGUCGGGGACCAGCGCCCAGUUGUCUGUUGAGAAUACUCCAGCCAAGCCAACUUUUAUCUCCAAAAUCACGCGCAAGGCUAGCAGCAAUAAAUUUGGGAGCUGGAAGGACAAGGGCGGGUUAUUCUCUAGAAAGGAAGCAUCUGCUCCGACGGGAGAGAAUGAAGAGGAACAGGGGUCCACCGAACACCUUGGGAGGAGUUUGGAAAGCACGUCGACGACGCCGAGCGCGGAAGAUAAGAAGACGAGCAGAACGAGCCUGAGCAACUGGAAUUUUAUGCGCAAGAACAAAAAAGGACUGAAGGAGGACCUGACAGCCAGCGAGAUCAGCGAGAGCAGCGAGAGGACAAGUGAGGCUGGGGAGGUCGGGGAGGAGAGAGAAGAGGACGAAUAG